AAAGCUCGCGCCUGCGACUUUAGCCCGAGCCAGUCAGUCAGUCAGUCACAUACGCUUGUAAACACCGAUUAUAUUAAAUAAGAUUCAAACGCUGGCGUCAGAAACAUUAUACAAAUGUUGACUUUACAACACAGUGAGUCCGAGUUUUGUUCAUUUCUACGGAAAGUUGGCAAGCUUUGCUUUUUACGUCGGGUUAGCGUGCUAGCUUAUAACUCUUCCAGUUGUGGUUUGUUUGACAGAAUUUGGCAGAAGACAAACAAUCAGUCCAGUUUCAUUUAGUUUGAUCUAUAAUAAAUUACCAACCAAGCACCGUCGAUUUAUUAAGAUGGAAGGGUGUUAUUAUUGUUUGGCUAAGCUAAUUUAGUUUAAUUAAUUCAUUUAUAAUAAUGUAUCUUCACGUACGUGGUUUUUGUGGAACUCAUUUAUAAAUGUACCUAGUAAACAUACACGAUGGCCUGUCAGGGUCAUAUAAACCUCAGUUUUACUUAACUUUAAUAUCGUUACCUUCAGGUAACGUUAAAGUUAUGAUGUUUUGUUAGUAUCACCGGAGGUUGUGAGGCUCAAAUCUCAGUGUGUCGAUAGUUUGAGGCGGUUGACAGGAGGAAAUCCACUAUCUGUGUGUCAAAACACACUUUAUUCUUGCUUGGCCCACAAGCAAGUGAACUUUAUCGCGUUUGGAGGUGGUAUUCAGCAUGGCUAAGCUUCAGUCGGGUAACGGAGUGGAGUGGAAGGACAGCAGGAGUCAGCGGGGCACGGUGGAGAGUCUUGCCGAGCACGAGGGCUCUUCUCUGGGCUCGGACUCUGAGCUCAACGGCUUCGCCAACGCGGAGAUCCAAACAGACAGAUACGGAUUCAUAGGAGGAGCUCAACAAAGCGCAGGAGAAAAUGAUAAUAUUCCUCCAGACGUGCUCCGGCAGAGAGAAGCCAAAUGGCUGGAUAUGCUCAACAGCUGGGACAAGUGGAUGGCCAAAAAACACAAGAAGGUGAAGUUGCGCUGUCAGAAGGGCAUCCCUCCAUCACUCCGAGGUCGUGCGUGGCUUUAUCUCUCUGGUGGGAAAGUGAAGAAAGAACAGAAUCAGGGCAAAUUUCAGGAGUUGGACAGUCAGCCUGGAGAUCCUAAAUGGGUGGAUGUGAUCGAGAGAGACCUCCACAGACAGUUUCCAUUCCACGAGAUGUUCGUAGCUCGAGGAGGCCAUGGGCAGCAGGAUCUGUUCCGGGUGCUGAAGGCGUACACACUGCACAGACCUGAGGAGGGAUACUGUCAGGCUCAAGCUCCUAUAGCCGCAGUGCUGCUCAUGCACAUGCCUGCUGAGGAUGCAUUCUGGGGUCUGGUUCAGAUCUGUGAGAAGUACCUGCCCGGAUACUACAGCGCAGGCCUGGAGGCCAUCCAGUUAGACGGCGAGAUCCUGUUCGCUCUGCUCAAGCGCGUGUCCCCGGUGGCCCACCGGCAUCUGAAGAAAUACAAGAUUGACCCUAUCCUCUACAUGACCGAGUGGUUCAUGUGUGCCUUCUCCAGGACGCUGCCCUGGGCGUCUGUCCUGCGCAUGUGGGAUAUGUUCUUCUGUGAGGGAGUGAAGAUCAUCUUCCGUGUGGGUCUGGUGCUGCUGAAGUGCAUGCUGGGAUCCCAGGAGAAACUAAAAGGGUGUCAGGGCCAGUAUGAGACCAUGGAGCUGCUCAGAUCUAUAGAGCCACGAUACAUGCAGGAGGCUUUCCUAGUGCAAGAGGUCAUCGAGUUGGCCGUGUCUGAGCGUGACAUAGAGAAGGAGCAUCUCUCUCAGCUCCGGCGCUGGAAGGAGACCCACGGAGAGCUACACUCUAAAUCUCCUCCCAGAAUGCACGGCGCCAAAGCCAUCAUGGCCGUUGAGCCGCCCAGUCGCCAGGACCUCAAACAAAACCCCACGAUCAUCGUCGAAGCACCGCAGACCACCGAGAGCAAGCUGGAGAAAGGGAAAAAAGCGAAGAGCAAACUAGAGAGGAAAACAGACAAGAAAAACACCUUGCCGCCUCGUAAUCCGUAUCCAUUACCCAGCGACCCAGCGUUAGCGAGCAGUACCCUCUCACCCAGCGAAUCACAGCACCUGCAGAAAGACACGCCCCUGCAGGGCUCCAAUCAGAGUCUCAGUAGCACAGAACACGACACCUACCUGUGAAGCGCUGGAAGAGGGACACCAGUGCUGGCCGCUGAAUGUUUACUGUGCAGAAACAUCUGUCUCCCCUCUCUCAGGAUUAGACAUCGACGGGGAGAUCACAUGACACGUCUGGACCAACACAUACUUCUGGGAGACACAAAAGAGAGCAUGGAUAAAACCAUACACAUCAUGAGGUCUUCAGCUGUGCUUACAUGAUUAUAUAUGUACAUGUGUAUGUUUGGAAAUGAAAUGAAGAACAACUCUCAGAUUUCCAAAAGAAGCGUUAAUGAGCUGCUCAUUUCAGCUGCUGGAUGCAGAUGUUCUUAAGAUGUUGAAACUAGUAAUGAUUCGCGAGUGUAGAGGACAUAUUCUAGCCGGAUGUAAGUACACUUCAUCUGCCUCAGGAGACUGCAUUUGUCUGUUUUUGUGUUUUUAAAGGAAUACACAAAAAAUAUUUAAACAUAAGUUUAGGAUUUAUGCUUUUGAACUGCAUAUAAACGUUUCAUCCAUUAGGAUCACACAGUUUUAAAAUGAGCAAAUCUAAUCUUUUCAAUCUCAUACAUCCCAUACUAAUAUUUAACAAUUUAUUUUUGUUCCACAGCUAGCCCAGUUUGAACUACGUUCAUUCAUUCAACUGAAUCAAUUUCAUUGUUUUCACAAUGACCAGAUUUAUUCUGAUUGAUUGUUCGCUUAUGAUAAAACCAUGGAUGGAAAUUUCAUAUGCAUACAUCUUAGACCAAAAUAUUUUUUAAGUGAAUCGUUAACAAAAAAGAGAGCGAAAACAAAACACCCUUGUCGUGUUCUUAAACCUGUAUUUUAUUUAUUAGUGGAACCAAAAAGCAGCAAUUUUGAAGAAUUUUUCCACUGCAAGUUUCCUUAGAGAUUAAAAUGCCAUUCAGGAAUUCUAUAUGACAUCGUAUGCUAAUAUCGACUGCUUUAAUGGCGUUUCCUGAACUUUUAGGUCAGAAGGCCUGCAUUAAUAUUCUUCAGAAAAAUCUGAGCGAGUAAAUAAUUGACUGAACUGUUCCUUGAUUGUGCAUUUGACAUAUUUUUGAAGUGAAUUCAGUCGUAAUUCCUCGUCUUGACCAAUAAGGGGCUCUAUUGACCCGUUUUAAAUCAACAUUCCAUUGCAUUUCACCAUCUUGAGCUCUAGAGGGCGCCAAG